UGUGCCUCAGGCCUAGAGAGCAAACAGUUCAUAUUGGAAUAGGCAAAAGGAAGGUUCUACAAGACAGGUUUCCAAGACAGACUGUUUAAUUAUAUAGACAAUUUUAAACAACAGAUUGUUUUAAUUGUAUAGACAAUUUUAUUAAGUGGCAUUUUACAAAGGUAUGGAGGGGUUGAGACUUAGCCAGCAAGUCAAAAAAAAAAAAAAAAAAAAAAAAAUCAAAGCAAAUGAAACAAUGUGGCAAGUUUUAGUUCUGGGUCAAAAAAGAAAGAUAAAAUACUGUUUAAGAAAGAAAAUGUGGAGAGCUGAGUUCCUCCUGGGUUUCUCCCUGCAGCUUCUGGGUUGUUGAUGUUUGGACUCUUGUAAGAUGGCUUGUGCUGCCCCACGGUCCCUGGCCAACCAGGACAGGUUUAUUUGUAUCUAUCCUGCUUAUUUAAAUAAUAAGAAGACCAUCACAGAGGGAAGGCAAAUCCCCAUAAGUAAGGCUAUUGAAAAUUCUACAGCUACAGAGAUUCAAGAUGUAUGUUCAGCAGUCGGACUUAAUGUAUUUCUUGAGAAAAAUAAAAUGUACUCCAGAGAAUGGAAUUGUGAUGUCCCAAACAGAGGCACAGUCUGGGUCCAGCUCUAACAACAUGGCAGCCUUUGCCUUGUACAGUUCCCAUCACAUUAUACACUAAGCCUAACUUCUGGUUCCUAGGUAAGUCAGUGCUGUUGUAUGCAGCAGAAAUGAUACCUAAACUAAAAACAAGGACACAAAAAACAGGAGGUGGUGACCAAAGUCUUCAACAAGGAGCAGGAAGUAAAAAAGGGAAAGAAAAGAAAAAGAAGCAACCUAGGAUCAGCAUCAAGUAUGUGGUACUACUUAGGAGACAUGAAUGGAGGCUUCUAAUUUGUAUCAGAGGAAAACAGAAGCUUUAUGUUUGCAUCAUUGAACUGAACUGUCAACACUUGUGCCUCUCAUCUUUAUCAUCGAAGUAGACAGUGAAACAAAUUUACAUCAGAAGUCUGCAUCUCGCUUUUAUGCAGUAUAAAAGACUUUGUCUUUCAAUGCAGUUUUUUUUUUGGAAGAAAGAAUAUUUUUAAAUGGAGAAUGGACUGUACAAUAAGUUACUUGAAAUAAGUUACUUGUUUCAGAUAAAUUUCAAUUAGAUUUGAAAUAAACAUUUGGUACAUGUUUUAAGUUAAUGAAAUAAAAUUUGAAACUGA